UGUAAAAAUUACAUUUCCGGCGUACUCAAUUUCUAGCAAAAUGUUCAAAGAAAUAUAUAUAAACAAUAGGAAUUUAAACCCUUUUUUAUCUUGAGAGAAGUAAUGUUUUUCUUAAUUAUCAUUUGGAUAAUCUUGCAAUGCGAAGAAUGGUGUCGAAUUCAAGUCUUAGCAGAGUACUGUGAAAAAGGAGCCGAAUAUGUGAAUAAUAUCUGCACUGAUUGUGACAUUGGGUUCUACAAAGAACUUCCAGGAAAUGAUUCUUGUACAAAAUGUCCUCCUGGCUACACUACAUUAGGAACAGGCUCUACAUCUAAUUCUAGUUGUAAUAUCCUACAUUGUGAACAAGGAUUUUUUUCAAGAGAUAACAUUUCCUGCUCUAUUUGCCCAAAUGGAACCUAUAAAAAUUUGACUGGAAAUCAGCCAUGUGUAAAAUGUCCUAUGAACACAACAACGCCAAGAGGUGGUGGUACUGACAUCAAAGAUUGCUCUCUGGAUUGUCCGACCAUUUGCAUACCAAAUGACCCGUGUAAAUAUACAGGGACCAGCAGCUGUGUGUGCCCAACUGGAUAUUAUGGACAACACUGUUCAAAGCGCUGUAGCCCAGGAUGUCUAAACGAUUCAUGUCACAAAGUCAACGGCAAAUGUGAUUGUAAGGAAGGAUAUUACGGUGACAAGUGCUUGAAAACUGGUAUGCUGGACAAAAGAAAUAAAUGGACCAGCCAUUGUAAGAGUAACGGCUCAGAAGAAAAACGUUUCAAAUCAGACCAUUGCUCCAUAGGCUGGUUUGGUGAAUCAUGUCAAUACAGAGAUCUGGGUGUGCUAGCCAUCAUGGACUAUAAAGUUCUGAACGACAACAACGACAGGACCUGUGUGAAACAGAACAGUGUUAGAAUUCUCUGGAACCAUGAGAUACAAACUAUCACAUGGAUUAGAUUGGUCUUCCAGAGCAACGAAGAUGCCGAUGAAAUAGCCAUACAUUAUUAUGAUGAAAUGUUGAAAAGUACAACUUUAGUCUGUGGCCCUUCUGACUUAAGAUAUCACAAGUAUGGAAACACAUCAAUAGAUUUCAAUUGUGAAUACUCGUACUUCAGUGGUGCACUCCUCAUAACAUGGCAAAGUGACAGCCCUCUAUGCUCUGUCCGUAUUAGCGGAGAAAGAAAUAUGGCCACAGCUGCUAGACAAGUGAGAUGGAAGCAUAGACGCAAAAGUUGGACACCCAUUGAGACACUAAAUGACGGUUACUAUAGUAACACUGGCUGUUUGAUAAUGAACUCUAGUAUAACACUAGAAUUUGAUUUCUGGAAUGAUAUUUUCUCAUUUCAAAUCAUAUUGUUUACAGACUUUUCACGAGAGGAUGGACAUGGAACCUUCUCUGUGCAGCUCCUUGACAGCGUUGAAGAUCUUGUGUUUAACAUCUCGACCAGAGGAAAAGAUGUAUUUGUUCAGAAAGCCAUUUUUGGAGCAAUCUAUUCUUUUAGGACUGUCUACAUAAGAGUAUUGAGUGGGACAUUGCAUCUUUGUGAAGUAGAAAUCUACGGAGAUUGCCAGAAGCCAUAUUACGGACCCACUUGUCAAGAUAUAUGCUACCUGUCAUGUCUAGAUCAGGUCUGUACUUAUGAAGGUGAAUGCUUCAGUUGUGUGCCUGGACACAGUGGUAUUUACUGCCAGGACCGUAAUGAUAGUGAUUAUGUAACUCUGGCAGCCAGAGCAACUGCUGAAGCCGAUGAUUCCAGCCAUACAGAAGACUAUUCUUUGAAAAAUAUUUAUAUUGCAAUGUUAAUACAAAUGGUUCUGUUAAUGUGCGUACUUUUUAUAGGGAAUAAAUAUUUUUCUGCUCAAUCUAAUCCACGAGCGGAUGCAGCCUUUUUGAGUCGGGGGCCCAGUAAACUCUAACCCUGUGUAUAAACGUACACACACACAGCAUGCAUAUACAUAUAUUCAAAAGAGAGACAAAACAGUGGUCUAUAUUACAAUAAUAGCAGCGUUUUUCAACUUUCGUCAGAAAAAAAAACAAAACUAAUAGAGUUGCGUUGGGUGGCUCUUCUUUUUAGGCAAAGAGCUUAGAGGUUGUUUUUUUAAUUCUUACUCUCAGAAAUGCAUUCUCCUGACAUCUCAAUCUCAUCAGUCCUAAAAAGGCAAGUCAAAAUAAGUUAAAAAAAAAAAAGUCACGUGGGGUCAAGGGCUGAUACUGAAGUAUGACUGACAAUCGAGUUAGAUGCAACGUAAUUAUAUCUUUAUGAUGCGGAUUUAUCGUAAUAUUAUCUCAUGUUAAGAUAGACCUCUUGUAGUCGGCCUGUUUUUUGGUAAGAAUCAGACGCCAACAAUUUUGACACACGCAGAAUGUCUAAAUUUUAAAUUAUGUUUUUACUUUUAAAAAAUCUAAUAUCUAUUCAUAGGCCACAACUUCAUGGAAAUACCAUCAAUUUGUUCCUUAAAAAGAAAAGAUAACUCACAGAUUUAUAAUGUCCAAUUAGAAGAAUGGAUAAUACCUGAAAAAUAUUUGAAAAAGACGUUAAUUAAUAAAUAAUUAAUUGUGUUCAAUACAACUGAUUGUAACUUCGCUUUGCUACAGAACUAUAAUUUUGAACAGAAAAAGUUAGUAAGAAGCACAAGAACUGACGUAGACCAAUUAGAUUGUACCAUAAAUGUGUAGAUUCUCAAAGUUAACAAUGUUACUCAACUAUUUAAAAGUUUCUCGUGAAUUCUAAAUUUUCGAAAAUAUUGGCUUUGGUUAAAUAAUUUUGACUUUUUCACGCGCUAUUACCUAGUCUCUUUCGCCAUAUUUGACUAUUGUAUUUUAACGGUCAUCUUUUGAUCAGAAAAGGGGAGGGAACGCUAGAGUAAAAGCUAUUAAUCAUAUAAGAAUUAUCUCUCCAUUUUCUAAUUAUUGUUAAUAUAAAGAACUGGGGUCGAGGCGAUUCAUAACUAAAUAUUAGCAUAAAUAACUUAUAAUAAUGACACUUUUUAUAUACAAAAGAAAAAAGUAUUGGUCUGUCCUAUUAAAAAUAGGUUUGAAUAUCAAUGAGCAACUUAUAUAUAUUCAACUAAUUUUGUUCAUAAACUCUGAUUUCUGCAUAAAAAAUGGUCUGUACCCCACUCAAAGGGUUAGGGUGGGGAGGGCAGUAGAUAUAAUCGCCAACCCCCCUCCAAAUCGGCCAACAUAAUAGCGUGGAACCUUACCGAAACUAAUUUGUCCCUAUAAAAAGUUUUAAAUAAUAAUAUUUGGUUUUAUUAUUUUAUUAGUGCCAACUUCAGGAGAAAAGUCGCUUACUUUUGUACAUUUUGUCUGUCGGUCUGUCUCUCCUUCCGUUUAAAUCACACAAAAAAAAAGAAUAAAAUAAAAGAAUAUAAAAAAUUCUGAUUUCACUUUGAUAUUUCCUUCCAAACCAUUGCACUAUUGUUACUAUCUAUAAUAGAUUGUUCCGUUGGUGUUUGUGAAGAGCUAAUUAAUACCAAAGAAUGUUUGGUCUUCUAACUUAUAUUUAAUUUAGUUUUCCUGGUUAAACGUCGAAGAAACUCAUGAUCAAGUUGUUCCAGAUUUUUUAAAUAAAAAAAACACGUAAACGCUAAAUGAACAUUUCUGU